GGACAGGCAGGAGCCAGCAAAGUAGCUACAAUGACUUCAACAGUUCUGGGGGACAUCCGCGAUGAGGUGACCUGCCCCCUUUGCCUGGAGCUCCUGACCGAACCCGUGAGCACAGACUGUGGCCACAGCUUCUGCCAGGCCUGCAUCACAGAGAAUAGAGAGGAAUCAGAGAUGAGCCAGGACAAGGAGCGCAAUUGUCCUGUGUGCCAGACCAGCUACCAGCCUAGGAACCUCCGGCCSAAUCGGCACCUGGCCAACAUAGCGCAGCGGCUCAGAGAGGUAGUGUUGUGCCCAGGGAAGCAGCUGCAGGUAAUUCUUUGUGCACACCAUGGAGAAAAACUCCAGCUCUUCUGUAAAGAGGAUGGGAAGCUAAUUUGCUGGCUUUGCGAGCGUUCUCAGGAACACCGUGGCCACCAUACAUUUCUCAUGGAGGAGGUCGCCCAGGAGUACCAGGAGAUGUUUCAGGAGUCUCUGAAGAAGUUAAGGAAAGAACAGCAGGAAGCUGAGAAGCUAAGAGCUUUUAUCAAAGAGAAGAGGGCAUCCUGGAAGACUCAGAUGGAGCCCGAGAGACAGAGGAUCCAGACAGAGUUUAGUCAGCUGCGAAGCAUCCUGGACAAAGAGGAACAGCGGGAACUGAAGAAGCUGGAGGAGGAAGAAAGGAAGGGGCUGAGCAUUAUAGAGAAAGCCGAGGAGGAGGUGAUCUACCAGAGCCAGUCACUGGAAGAGCUUAUCUCAAAUCUGGAGCAUCGAUGCCAGGGCUCAGUAAUGGAUCUGCUGCAGGAUGUGAGUGAUGUCAUGCAGAGGAGUGAAUUCUGGACCCUGAGGGACCCCCCAGCUCUCCCUACCAAGCUGAGAAGUAUGUUCCGAGCCCCAGAUCUGAAAAAGAUGCUGCGAGUGUUUCGAGAGCUGACAGAUGUCCAGAGCUACUGGGUGGACGUGACGAUGAAUCCCCACACGGCUAAUUUAAAUCUUGUCCUGUCGAAAAACCGGAGACAGGUGAGAUUCGUGGGUACUAAGCUGUCUGAGACUUCCUGUCUGGAAGAACAUCAUGACUUYAGUGUCCUGGGCUCUCAGCAGUUCUCCUCAGGAAAAUACUACUGGGAAGUAGACGUGACCAGGAAGACUGCCUGGAUCCUGGGAGUGUGUAGCAAUCCCAUGGGACCUGCGUUCUCUGGCAGCCAGUUUGCUAACAAGCAGAAUGCCUAUUCSAGAUACCAACCACAGACUGGAUACUGGGUGAUUGGGUUACAGCAUAAACAUGAAUAUAGAGCCUAUGAGGAUGCUUCCACUUCCCUGCUCCUCUCUAUGACAGUGCCCCCUCGCCGCGUUGGAGUUUUCUUAGACUAUGAGGCUGGCACUGUCUCCUUUUAUAAUGUCACGAACCAUGGCUUGCCCAUCUACACCUUCACCAAAUAUUACUUUCCUACUGCCGUUUGUCCAUAUUUUAAUCCUUGCGACUGUGUAGUCCCSAUGACCCUGCGUCGCCCAAGCUCCUGAGCAUUUGGCUGCCCCCACUCACAGCUGAGUAAUAACCUUC